GGAAGUGGGCAGAGUCUAUGCAGGAAUCCCGAGCCGAGCUUAACGCCAACGGCCGUCUUCAGUCGAUCGGUCUACCGUUUCGCCGUUUUCACCUUUAACAUCCAGGUUACAUGCUGCGCGGCUCCCCCUCUGGUCGAGGCAGACGCUUUUCUUCGGAUCUGUUCGUUUCGCAGCCGCAGCUAUGACUUCUCUCACGCAGAGAACCUCGGGCCUCGUCCAGAGGAGGACCGAGGCCAUUCGCAGCGCCGCCGCCGACAAGGAGAGGGAGUCCGGCGGGGAGGAGGACGAGGCGCGCCGCGGGGAGGAGGAAGACGACGACAAGGGGGACUCGAAGGAAACCAGGCUCACACUCAUGGAGGAAGUGCUGCUCUUGGGCCUCAAGGAUCGAGAGGGCUACACGUCUUUCUGGAACGACUGUAUUUCUUCCGGCCUCCGUGGGUGUAUGCUGGUGGAGCUAGCCCUCAGGGGGAGGCUACAGCUGGAGGCCUGCGGUGUGAGGAGGAAAAGCCUCCUGGCCAGGAAGGUGAUCUGCAAGUCUGAUGCUCCGACAGGAGAUGUGCUGCUGGAUGAGGCCUUGAAGCACAUCAAAGAAACCCAACCUCCAGAGACUGUCCAGAGCUGGAUAGAGUUACUGAGUGGAGAGACCUGGAAUCCCCUCAAGCUGCACUACCAGCUGAGAAAUGUCAGAGAACGUCUGGCAAAAAACCUGGUGGAGAAAGGAGUUCUCACUACAGAGAAACAGAACUUCUUGCUUUUUGACAUGACCACACAUCCGCUCACCAACAGCACCAUUAAACAGCGCCUUGUCAAGAAAGUCCAGGACUCGGUUUUGGAGAAGUGGGUCAAUGAUCCCCACCGCAUGGACAAGCGAGUUCUGGCCCUGAUUCUUCUGGCUCACUCCUCCGACGUCCUUGAGAACGCCUUCGCCCCACUCCAAGACGACCAGUACGACCUGGGCAUGAAGAGAGUCCACACUCUGCUAGAGCUGGAGCCCGAGAAAGAGAGCACAAAGCCCAACGCCAACGAACUCAUGUGGGCCGUGGUGGCCGCAUUUACUAAAUGAAAACACCUGAUUUGUUGGACUGAAAGAUCUGGCUAUGGUCUGUGUUAUUUAAUUGGUUGAAGGACUUCACGUAAUAAGACAGACUUCACGUUAAUGAGACAAUCUAUUUUGGUUGGGGAGCCUGUUUAUACAUCUAUUCCGGAUGACAUUUUGGUGGUUGUCCAUAUUAUCACAGUGCAAUCUGAUCGGUGGUGGGCUUCACCAAGUAACAGUUGGCUGGAUGGAACGGUCUCUAAAUGAAAAACGACUGGCUGAGGUAAAUAAUCUGCCGCCGCAAAGCUGGAUUUACUUAAAAACAUCAACACUACGAACAGAUGGGGGUUCUGUUAACGUUAGAUGACAUCAGACAACACAGCAGGUGGCAGCCACAGUAGUCAUGGUGGAUAUGAAGAUACUGACUGAGGCCAAGUUUCCCCUUCUACACCACGGAAACAUCAUCUCUACAUCACUUCAAGAUCUGGCCAGAAUCUGAAAGCUGGUCUCCACACUCUCCCACAUGCUUAUGCAAAGGAUAACGGAUAGCAAAACACACGGCUAUUGAUGCUCUUUGCACUCUUUGCGCAGGUCUCCUGCUUCCACCUGAUCAUUCCCACUUGUGUUGGGAGUACAUGCUUAGGGUUACUGUUAGAACAGACUACCUGAAUGUUUACCUGAUUUUUCUCUUUAAAUUUUCCAUCCUCUUUUCUUCCUCAUUGUAUUUUUGAGGAGGACACAGAGGAUCAACACUCGAGUUCCUGCAUCAGUAGGUGUGCGGUGGGUAAUUUGGCCCUCAUAGAAUUUGGCUUAAAUGAAGAAAUAAACCUCAAGUCUGACGAAUUUCUUUUAUUACUUUUUCUGUUCUUGCGAGGGUCCAUUCUGAGUUUCUAGAAUGCGGCUAGUCUUCCAUUUCUAUUUAUGUUGCUAGUCGAUGCUUGGAGUAGCCUGCCAUUUAUCAGCUAUUUUGCACAGUCAAUAGCCCUGUAGGUAGGAUAGUAUUUAUAGGUAUUUUUCAUGGGUUGAGGAACCCACUUGUGAAGAAGAGAUUGAAAAUUAUGAACCUUAGCAACUAUGGUAAAAGGAAAAAAAAAAGAGAUCUCACUUAUUUUGUCUACAGCUUUUGAGCUAUGUGCAUACUCUAAAAUCAUUCCUCUGCACAUCUGAAAAAAAUAAAUACAAUGCUUCUGCUACUUUUUUUUUUUUUAAGUACUGAAUCUGAUGAUGCAGGAAGAACAGGUUCAGAUUUGGAUCUUUGAACAUGCUACACAAACUUUACAAUGAUUAUUAGUGGCUGCUUAUACUAAUAGACUGGGAAUUGUUAGCCAAGUGGGCUAGCUUCAGUUGAGUCAAUGUUAAAGGGUUGAUUCACCCAAAUUUAUAUACAUAUAUAUAUAUAUAUUAAACAUAUUUUCUCACUUAACAGUAGUGGUAUCUAGUCAUGCAGACAGUCAUAGACUUUGAGAUAUUUGUCUCUGUCUGAAUACAGUGAGGGUAAAAAUCCUCCUAAUCAUUGUCGAGGCAGGAGCAUCCCUGUGACUAAACCACAAGCCUGACAGUAAAACCCAUUUUCCUUCCACUAAAGAAAACAUACCCAUAAAAACCUGCAUGUGGGGCGGAUUAUACCACUAGUUACCACUAGAGGUAAGUGAGGAAAUGUUUGGUGUGAUUUGGGUGAGCUGAUCCUUUUCCCUCCUGCAAUAUGAUGUAUCUCUCAGUUUGUAUGUCAUGUCAUAAUUAGAUGUUAUUUCUGUCUAAUAGGCCCACGUUGGCUCGUUGUAUUGUUUUAUACAUGCAGAUGAUGGGAGGGGUUACUUGGGGAGGGGGGGGCCCAGAUUAAUCCUUGUCAAAGACUGAAUCAUUAAAACAACUCGCAGUCCUUUUGGAACAACAACUAACUCCCAACGUGCUUCAGUGCAGCUCUGGGGAAAACGUUUAAAAUCACGUUUAGAAGCGUCAUCCUGGUGUGAUGGGAGUGAUCUGUGGAUGAAGUUACAUCGCUUGAUGGUAUACUUAACAGUAUAGUUCUGUCUUUUUGUUUUUUUUUUUUUUUUCCUUCUUCUUCUUCAACCUGCGAAAUACCAAUGGGUAUGAAGAACUGUUGAGAUGCGUUUACAGCAACGAGACCAUGCAUGCUACUGGUGGAAGGCUGGGGUACUUGUGGAUGUAGCUACAGAGAAAAGGCUUGUAUGUAAUUAUUAGUCAUUUUAUGUGUACGAUCUAAUGGAAUUCAAUGAAAGGGAUCUUCUCUCCUAUCCUCUAUAAUUCUGUAUGCUUUUUGUAUUACCACACAAAAUAAAGUAAGGAUCCUUUAAGUGCCUGAAUUUACAAUGUUCUGCUGCUGUUUUUAUUUCACGUUUUGUGUAUGUUUAUGGGUUUGAUUUCCGUCAGUGUGUCACCAGUGUGUUCUCCUUCAUCUAGAUGUGUGAAAUGACUUCAGGAACUUUUUUUUUUCUCCCCACAUGUAUCUAGUUAUUGACAACAAUUAGUAGAAUAAUCCGUUUACAGAAGAUUAAUGACUAUUUUGAUAUUGGAUUGUGUAAAUAAUUUAUCAAGCAAACAAUGCCAAACUUGGUGUUUCAUUUGAAAUGUGAGGCAUUUGCUGCUUUUUAUGUUAUUCUAAAUUGAGUGCGUUUUUUUUCUUUCUUUAUUUGUAUAAUUAUUUCAUUGUUAAACAAUUUUAGGAUUUAUCUUGAGAUCUUGGAAAUGGUGAUGGUUAUAUUUGUAACAUGUUAGCCUCCGCAGUUAAUAAUUAGAGAAAUAACUUCCAUAUUAAUUAAAUAAUUAAACAUUUUGGUA